AUGCACGAUGUACCUUAUCAUCCACCUCCUUUUCCACCUAUGUCGUAUCCCACUGGUCCUGAUUUUCCAUAUGCUCUUUAUCCUCCUUACCCAAUUCCUGGAGCUCCUGUUGCAGAGUCUGGCAACGAGAAGCCAGUGCAAGCAUCCCCUCUUCCACCACCUCCUCCUCAAGGAUAUCCUAGACAGCAUCAGAGGGGUUACGGCCCAAGAAACAUGCCGCAUGGAGCUGGACCUAGGGACUUUGUGAGACCUCCGUAUAUGGGGCAAGGUCCUGGGUUCAUGGUUGGUCCAGGUCCUGGUUUUCCCGGUCCUGUGUACUACUUCCCGGUUCCACCCCCUGGAGCUAUAAGAGGCUACCCUCCACGCUUUGGUCCGCACCCUGGUAACCAGGGUCCUCAAGCUCUUGACGAAAACCUUCAGAAUGAUCAGUACCUCAUUUCCUUAAUGGAUGAACAAGGAUGGGUUCCCAUCAAAAUCAUAGAUGACUUCAAAAGGGUUAAGAUGAUGAACAUGGAUGUAGAGUUUAUAGCAAAGAUAACUUUAAAAACUCUUCAAAGCAUACUGUUCUCGAGGGAGAUCAAAUGGUGGUCGACUAAGUUUGAAGCAAUUUCAUUCUGA